CAUUCCAUCCGUUCAGACGGCUUCACCGGGCCCACAGCUUCCUCAGAUGGCACCACAGGGAAUAGGACCCCCCAGACAGACACACUUCCUACAUUACACCUCCCCUCUCAUGCUGCUUGUUGAGUCUGUUUAUGAUUAGCACAAUCAACUGACUGAGGUUAAUGCUUGACAGCCUCGUUGCCUUAUCGCUCAGGUUCCAUUCGGAACCGACUAUUUUCUUCUUGGCAAAAAGAGUGUCCUGCAAAAAUACCCGUGAGGGUGAGGAUGAACUUUAUUGAUUCCACAGUGGGAGCAUUCAAUGAACAGAUUGCAGAUACUUCUAGUAAAACCACAGCCUGAACCCUAAGAGGGGGAAAAGCACGUGGAGCCUUUGUGAAUGUGCAGAAAUGAACGAUGCCCAUUAAUAUUAUUGCUAUGAACGCAUUGCUGCGGUUCCCCUGCGGGACAGAGCCGGCGCGUGCGUGGGCCGGCGCGUGCGCUCCCCGCGCCGCCGUGCAGCAGUGGGACAUUGAUUGACCCCGGGUCCGGCGUGUCACGGUGCGACCAUCACGUGUAGCUCCCACUCCACACGUGAUGUUCGCUGCGCGUCACCGACGCGCCGCCGCUCGCCUAAAGAGACCGGAGCAGCGCCGACUGACACCGAAUGUGGCAAAAUAACGAAUAAAAACGCAACAGCCUGCAGGGGGACAAACAGGCGAGCAGACCGCUGCAGGUUCACCGGCGUUAGUUUCAUUCAUUCACCGACGCGUCCGCGAGCUUCUGCGCAGCCCGUUUCUUGUGUUGCCACAUUUGAAGGUGUCAAGUAAAGGAAAGCAGAACAUGGCUGGUUUGAUGGCAGGCUUCGGCCACUACACCCACGCCGUGGUGCGGGGAAUCCCCGCGUCCCUGGUCAAAGAGGCGCUCCGGACCAGCGCGUCGGAGGCGGACGUGGACCUGGACAAGGCGCGGAGGGAGCACGAGGCGUACGUGGAGGUCCUGAGGACCAGGCUCGGGCUGGAGGUGCUCGAGCUCCCCGCGGACGAGUCGAUGCCGGACUGCGUGUUCGUGGAGGACGCGGCGGUGGUGUGCGGUGACACGGCGCUCAUCACCAGACCCGGGGCUGAGAGCAGGAGGAGAGAGACGGAGGCGAUGAAGGAAGCUUUGAAAGGUCUGGACCUGAACAUUGUGGAAAUGACUGAAGAGAAUGCAACACUGGACGGAGGAGACGUGCUUUUCACAGGUCGGGAGUUCUUCGUCGGCCUCUCCAAACGGACCAAUCAGAGAGGAGCGGAGAUCCUCGCAGACGCAUUUAAGGACUACGCCGUGUCGACCGUGCCGGUGCUGGAGGGGCUGCACCUGAAGAGCUUCUGCAGCAUGGGGGGACCGGGCCUCAUCGUCAUCGGCUCCAGUGAACCGGCUCAAAAGGCCCUCAAAAUCAUGCAGCAGAUGAGUGACCAUCGCUACGACAAGCUGACGGUGCCCGACGACCUCGCCGCCAACUGCAUCUACAUGAACCUGCCCGACAAGGGACACGUGCUUCUGCACAGCACGGCCGACGAGUUCCCUGAGAGCGUCAAAGUGUUCGAGAAGCUGAAGGACCACAUGCUGAUUCCCGUGUCCAACAAGGAGAAGGUCAAAGUGGACGGCGCCCUCACCUGCUGCUCUGUUCUCAUCAACAAGAAGGCCAACAUCUGAGCCCGCUCAGCAGGGGGCCUCAGCGCCCGGCGCCGGUGCUGAGCCUGAGCCGUGACGGAUCACGAGGUGGAGCGGGCAGGUUGGGUCGCGCUGUGGUGCAGAAACAACACUCCCGAACACUCGGAUGACAUUCAAAGGUCUUCAAAACCGUAAAUAGUCUUAAUGAGUCUUAUUUUAUAUGAUCUUCAAUUCUUAAUUUGAAUAAAUUCAGACAUUUGCUGCUUUCCUUCAGUUUAGCAGGUUUGGUUCGGGUGAUGAAUCAGCUCAUGUGAAGCCAUGUGUUUGUCUUUUGCAACUAGUCUAUAAACUGUGAAAGUAUGAUUUUGCUUGAUCAAACGCCUGUAAUGAAGAUAACAGAAUAGAUCUCCACCACCUCCCAUCAGUACCAACAUGUAACCGCACUGGAGCCCGUUUCCUUGAAGUCCAAAUGUAUUAAUGACGGUCCCAUGUACAGGCGCUUCAAACUGCUUAACAUUUAACUGUGAUUCGCCUUUUAGUGCACAUGCAGAAUCAGAGUCUAAUGACUUCACAGAGGUGUAAAUCCUGAGCAGGGAUGGAGAUAAAUGUGGUUACUGCUGUAAGGUGAAAAACUCACUGCUCAACUUUUACUGGUUUUCUUUAUUUCUUUAUAGCUGGUGCUGAGCUCAUUCAGUUUCAGGUACCCAGUUUUCAAACUGCUGCAUUGUGACUCACUGGAUGUUUUAGUAUAGAGACCCGUUUCUUAAACCCUGCUGGAGGUACAGAACUGUGUGAGGCCACAGUUUUCUGCUUUUUUGUGACUAUUAUGUGAAUUUGUGAUUGAGUUGAUGAUUUUGUGAUUGAUAUUGAAAGUACUGCCACUGAGACCUGAGGUGCUCUUACUUUUUGUGACUACUGCUUACUGAUCAUAGCCAUUGAUUGUAGCACACCAGAGACCAUUUUUGACUGACCUCUUAAUAGGAAACGACUGGUGGCCUGUUAAUUGAUUCUUUAAGGACCUUUUGUGCUCGUUUUGUUAGACCCCUUGUAGAUGUGAAGGUACUAAUCUGAGCUGCAGCGGACAGAUACAGGCCGUCAGUGUAGACAACGCAGGUGUGACUCUCUUGCUUUGGUUCACUCUAUUGAAAAGCUGAUAUAUAUAGAUAUACAGUAUAGGCUCUGAUUGCCCCCCCCUCCAUCACCCUAAGUCCUAAACAGAGCCUGCUGUGACGCUGAUGAUGCUCUGGUGACCCCCCCCCCCCCCCCCUUGGCGUGUCGUGGUGAGUUCACAUGCAUGUUCGUAAAGAUGAGCUCUGCUCCAGGGGCCUUAACUCUGCUGUAGAUGUGACCCCGCAUACGUGAACAUCGAUAUUACACAUACUUGUACACGUACAUCAGCCGUCACAUAAGAAGCCGUGUUGUUUCUCAGUGUGAUUGUAAGUGAAAGUUAAGGAAAUGACAUCAGGAGGUGAUUCAAACUCCCUGUGUAGACAUUUGCUUAUGGGCAAGCGGGCAGUGAUGGAACAUGGAAAGAAUUCCUGUUGGGAGGAGAAGCUCGUACGCCAGUAAACACUGACUGCAUUUUCUCUUUUUCUUCACCGUCUCCCUCUCGACAAUCGUUUUCUCCCACUGUCAGCUCUUGCCUCAUAGUUUUAGCCUCCAGGCUUAUUUAUGACCAUAAUAUCAUGGAGCCUGCCAAGCACUGUGGAUGUCACGGCCUUACAUUAAAUUGUGACACUAGCAGUAUAUUCUACAGACGGCGUCUGGCUGAGUGAAGGGGUGGUGGCAGAGUUGCAGGUUAUUCAGCUCAGAUUCUCUCACUUACAGUAAGAUGGGGCCACAUGGGAACAGUCCUGUGCUGAUAUGUGUGUGUAACAAGCCGUUUUCCCCUGUUUGUCGGUACAGUUCAGAGAUAACGCAACCUUUUUUCUACCACCGCCUGCUAAAAUGGGAACGGAUAGAACGGUUGUACGAGUCCUGCUGCUGCUUCUGUGUGUCCUUCCUCUCACCCCCAGUAGCUUUUCUGUUGCCAGUGUCCAUGUUCAAACUCAGGUCUCUUGUUGUAAUUAUUUGACUCAAAUUAAAAGAAGUCUCAUCUACUUUGUGUAAUAAAUUAACAAUUGUCAAUCAGAA